GCUCACGGCUUUACCUUAUAUUGACGAAUCUUGACGAUCAGAGGCUAAAGCCUUAUCAGCUUGCCACGCGAACAUCAGAAACAGUCAUUCACCUUCCUCUUCAAGUCUACCUAUAUCGCUCACAAGACAGAUGGCCUAUCUGAUGGCAGACAAACGUGCAUGGGUCAUGCAUACCUCUUCACGCCGCAAAUGUCCGAACUGGUACUCGGAUUUCGUACCACGCUUCCGGUACUCGCAUUUUCAGAGACGAUAAGAUCGGAAAAACGGGUGACUGGUUACUGAAGACAUAAUGUAAGCCAAGGAAGCAUAUAGUCAGACAGACUCCCGCGUCAACGGGGGCAUCGCCUUCGCCUGUUAAGCAUUCCAUACAGCAGCCAUGGGAUUCAAGGACUUUUGGGAGGAGCAUGUGGUGCUCAAACCACAUCCAGGCUCGUUCGGAGCCGAGGAUCCCAAUGCCAUUCGAUAUACCAAUGAAGACAUGGAUCCCAUCAAGAGGAAAGAUCGCACAUACGCAUGGUACCAGAUGGGACUGUUCUGGAUCGCUGAAGGUUUCAAUGCGGCCCAGCUCGAGGUAUCAAGUUCAGCCUUCUCACUUGGAUUGAACCCAGGCCUCUGUGUGGUUGCGUGUUUGAUCGGAAACAUCAUCGUCUCCAUCCCCUGCGCCGCAUCUGGCUACUUGGGCAGCAAACUCGGAACGAACUUUCCGGGGACCGUCAGAGCAUCAUUCGUCAGUCUUGCUGGGCAAGCAGUCCAAGCCUGUACCACUGCGAUCUGGCCUUCUUUCGCUCACUGGAGAGUCAAUGCCAUUCCAGCCUCGUCAAACGUCACAGCUCAACAAAUCUUAUGCUUCUCGAUCUUCUGGUUGAUAUCGCUGCCGUUCCUUUAUCUGCCAAUUAAGACCCUUCGGUAUCUGUUCAUCGUCAAGAGUCUUUUGGUACCAUUGUUCUGGACCGCCAUGUUCACCUGGUCAAUUACCGCCGCAGGUGGAUGGCCAAGUGUCUGGACAGCGCCGUCCAAGCCUCUUGAUGGUUGGUCAGUGGGAUAUCUGUUCGGCAUUUGCGUCAAUGCAGCCAUCUCAGGCAACGCCACUUUCGCAGUCAACAUCAUGGAUAUCUCGCGACACUCGCAAAACGACGUCGCUGCAUGGGCGACACAGCUUUUCGCCCUGCCAGUGCUGGUGACCUUGACCGAGUUUCUGGGCUGCACAAUGGCCGUGGCUUCAUCCGUGGUGUAUGGGGAAGUCCAAUGGAACCCUCUCUUGGUGAUCAACAAUUUUGAGAACCGAGCGGGCAAGUUCUUCGCAGGAGCAUGUUUCAUCUUCUUCAACAUCAUGACCAACGUCACGGGUAACUCAGUCCCCUUGGCCAACGACUUGACUGGUCUGUUCCCCAAGUACAUCAACAUCCGCCGCGGACAGUUCAUUUGCGCCGUCAUCUCCUUCGCCAUCUGUCCAUGGGAGAUUCAAGCCAAAGCAACGACGUUCUUGGCCUUCCUGGGCGCGUACACGUUGUUUCUGGGAGCAACCACUGGCGUCAUCAUGGUGGAUUACUUCUGGGUCCGUCGGGGAUAUGGUAUCAACAUCUCCCAUCUCUUCAAACCUCACGGCAUCUACUGGUACACCUAUGGCGUCAACUGGCGGGCUUUCGUGGCGUGGUUCGUGGCCAUUGCUCCGCUCUUGCCGGGUAUGCUGCACUCGAUGGGCGUGCCUAUCCACAACAAAGGCAUUCUCAAUAUGUAUUCCUGGAAUUAUGUCCUUGUGGUGGUCUUCUCGGGCCUCAUAUACUUCAUUUGCACGACGAUAUCACCGAUUCCGGUGCAGACAGAUGAAGAAGAUUAUGGAAAGUUGUACUUGAUCGAGGGAUCAGAACCGGUGAACGGAGUUGCACCGAGCGAUGGCUGGGCGCAGAGCAAUACCCUUGAGAAGAACGAGGUUGAGUCCAAGGUUGCGCCUGAGACAAUGAGGACGGUAACAUGA